AUGAGUUCCUACCUGGAAUACGUGUCGUGCGCCGGCGGCAGCAACGGAGGGGUAGGCGGCGACGUGCUCGGCUUUGCACCCAAGUUCUGCCGCGCCGACGCGCGUCCCGUGGCCCUGCAGCCCGCCAUCCCCCUGGGCAGCGGCGACGGCGCCUUCGUGAGUUGCUUGCCGCUGGCCGCCGCCCGGCCCGCGCCGUCGCCCCCCGCAACCCCAGUUCAGCCUCCGGGACCACAGUCCUCCGCGCCCCGGUACGCGCCCUGCACCCUGGAGGGCUCCUACGAGCGGGGCACCGCACCUGCCUCUGUGCCUGCCACCGACUACGGUUUCCUGGGGUCCGGGUCGGCGUUCGAUUUCCCGGGCGAUCUCGGGAGAGCGGCUGACGACGGCGGGGCGCACGUCCACUAUGCCACCUCGGCGGUCUUCUCCGGGGGAGGAUCGUUCCUGCUCAGCGGCCAGGUGGACUUCGCUGCCUUUGGCGAGCCUGGCCCCUUCCCCGCGUGUCUCAAGGAACCAGCGGACCGCCAUCCCGGACCCUUCCAGACUGCGUCCCCGGCUCCCGGCGCCUGUCCUAAGCCCGCCUCUCCCACCUCCGGUCUCCCGGCCUUCAGCACUUUCGAGUGGAUGAAAGUGAAGAGGAACGCCCCCAAGAAAAGCAAACUCUCCGAAUAUGGAGCCGCAAGUCCCUCCAGCGCCAUCCGCACGAAUUUCAGCACCAAGCAACUGACAGAACUGGAGAAGGAGUUUCAUUUCAAUAAGUACCUAACUAGAGCCCGACGCAUCGAGAUAGCCAACUGCUUGCAGCUGAAUGACACCCAAGUCAAAAUCUGGUUCCAGAACCGUAGGAUGAAACAGAAGAAAAGGGAACGAGAGGGGCUUCUGGCCACAGCUGCCUCUGUGGCCUCUCUUCAGCUUCCUCGGUCAGAAACAAGUCCCACUAAAUCUGGCCGGAGCCUAGGAAGCCCUUCUCAGGCUCAAGAGCCGUCCUGA